UGGGCGUGGCGCUGUUGCCGUUGCCGUUGCCCUUACCCUGAGGAGAGGCGGCGGCGGUCCCGGUCCCCGCGGUCCCGGUCCCGUCCGGUGCGGCCCGGCCCGGCCCGGCGGGCGCCGCUGCCGCCAUGUUGUGCCACGGGGAGGGUCUGCUGAGCUCCCUCACGGCGCUGCUGGGGAUGGUGCUGGCGCUGAGCCGCAGCCCGGCGCUGGCCUGCCUACUGACGGCCGGCCUCUACCUGGCGCUGCACCUCUUCAGCCUGGAGCCCGCCGCGCCUCAGAACGCCCAGCGCGUCCUGCGGCCCCGCGGCGCCGCCGCCCGCAUCGCCCACCGCGGCGGCGCGCACGACGCGCCCGAGAACACGCUGGCGGCCAUCCGACAGGCAGCUGAGAAUGGAGCAACGGGUGUUGAGCUGGAUCUGGAAUUCACUGCAGAUGGUGUUCCCAUUCUAAUGCAUGAUGAAACAAUAGAAAGGACAACUGAUGGGUCUGGAAGAUUGCGUGACUUGACUUUUGAUGAAAUUAGGAGGCUUAAUCCAUCUGCAAAACAUAGGCUACGGAGCAAAUUCCAAGGUGAAAAGGUGCCAACUCUGAGAGAAGCUGUUGUGGAGUCUAUGCAUCAUAAUCUUAUAAUCUACUUUGAUGUCAAAGGCCAUGCAAAUCAGGCAGUUGAUGCUCUGAAACAACUCUACCUGGAAUUCCCGCAUUUGUAUAACAACAGUGUGGUCUGUUCUUUCAUGCCAGAUGUUGUUUAUAAGAUGCGACAAGCUGACCGAAAUGUUGUAACGGCACUAACACACAGACCGUGGCAUCUGAGUCAUUUUGGGGAUGGGACACCCCGUUUCAGUUCCUCCUGGAAGCAUUAUUUGUACAUGAUGAUGGACAUCAUUCUAGACUGGAGCCUACACAGUUUCUUGUGGCGAUUGUGCGGGGUUUCAGCUUUCCUCAUACAGAAAAAUUUUGUUUCUCAAGAGUAUGUGAGGCACUGGUCUUCAAAAGGAAUUCAGGUGGUUGCCUGGACAGUGAACACGUUUGCAGAAAAAAACUACUACGAAAGCGUCCUGGAAUCCAGCUACAUUACCGACAGCUUGGUGGAAGACUGUGAUCCUCACUACUAGACCCGUGCUUUGUACACACUCUCCACCCUCGAUAAGCUGUCGCCUUACUCGGGCGGGUUUGAAUUCACCAUCGAGGGGUGUGCACCGGUGCAGCCGGGACCGCGAACAAUGGCUCUGGGAAAAGGAGGAGGAGUAGUUUACUUCUGCUGUACAGUCAGAUCUCGAGUGCAAAAAAACCCGCGGCCCAACACUGGACAAAGCUGAGGUAUGGCCACUCGCGCUGGGGACGUCGUGCCGCCACGUGAAGGGAUCGGCUCGGAUGGGCUAACUGGCAAUACGCUCUACGUGCGGGUUGCUUUGUAAUUCUCAGGCUAUUCCUUUGCUCUGUUUAAAUCUCGGUUAUAAAGUUGUAUCAGCAAUUGUUGCUGGCAAACUUUAAAAUCAUACCUUGAUUUUAGUAACUUUAACAGUUUGUUCUACGACUGUAUGAUAAUUUGAGGUUAAUUGAUGGCAUCUUAAAAACAUCUACAUUACUGUUCUCAGAACAGAACCUGAAAAUAGCGGUGCCCAAGUAGAGGGUGAGUGGAUUCCUCCCCCGCUGCAGGGAAAGGUGGCUGUGCUGUGUCCUGACAAGGAAGAGCAAGCCAGCUUCCCCUGUUCUGUGUGAAGGCUAUGGGAAUUAAUGAGUAAAACCUGAGUAUCUUCCUAGCUUCCAGACUUUUUAAAAGAACAAAGGGAGGAUAGAAGAUUAUUUCUUCUAAUGAUACAGCACAUGAAUGUAUGCAUUUUUAAAGAAAGCUAUAGAUGGGGUGCUGGUACUGGUAGAACAGAUGGAGCUGAAAUGUCUUCUUACUUUGCUAAUUGUUUGCAUGAUUGAAGGGCACUCACGAGGAUAUGUGGGAAACUGUAACCCGGGUUUAAUUUCAAAUUGAAAGAGUCUGCAGUUACAAUAAACGAGCAUCUGACAGCUCCCA